GUAUGGGGUAUCCGAAAAUACUCGUGUGACAUUGUGCUCUUUGCCUUUCAUGAAUACUGAGUUUGUGCAAACAUUUCGCAAUUUUCUGUCGAAAUAUAGCUCAAGUCUAAUCAAUUAAUUUAUAUUUUUCGUUUGUGCCAAACUAAUUCGAUUGCCAAAUUCAAACUAUUAAAUUUGCACAAUCCACAAUGGAGCGGGAGUUAAGAUCGAACAAAAGAAGACAUCAAACACCGAUCAAAUUUUCGGACCAGAAUCCAAAAAGAACGGAAAAAUCGAUGUCAGGUGUUACAACCAAGGAACUGACCAUCUUAAUGCUGGGAGAAACUGGUGUUGGGAAAUCGACUUUUAUCAACGCGCUCGUCAAUUAUCUCAUGUUCGAGAAUAUCGACGACGCGGCAAAAGAUCUGCAAUGUCUCAUUCCUACAAGCUUUUCUGUCUAUGAUGAGGCUACGAAUGAUAUGAAGGAGUGCGUGUUCGGUAAAGCAGAUGAUAAUGAAAGCGCUGAUAAAACUCAAUCGUGCACCCAGGCAUGCAGAUGCUACAACUUCAAACUUGGCGAUGUUACGUUGAAGAUCAUUGACACGCCAGGAAUUGCCGAUUGUCGUGGAGUGGAUACGGAUCUGUUGAACCUGAAAAAUCUGUUGAAAUUUCUCAGCAACUACAAGGAAUUAAACGCAAUUUGCGUUCUAUUGAAACCCAACAAUGCUAAGAUAGGCAUUGUCUUCAAGUACUGCAUUCUCGAAUUGCUGACUCAUCUGAACAAGAGUGCAUCGGACAAUAUUCUAUUUUUGUUCACGAAUUCACGCGGUACCUUCUACAAGCCCGGUGACACGGCCAAGGCAUUGAGAAAAGUUCUACAAGACAUUCAUUCAAAGCCACCGCACGUCGAAAUCAAAUUUGAGAUGGACAAUUACUUUUGCUUCGACAGUGAGGCCUUCCGAUAUUUGGUUGCCACAUCUGAGCCGAAUAACGUUGCAUUCGACGAUAGUGCACAUGGUGAUUUUGAAAAGAGUUGGCAACGUUCUGUGACUGAGUGUCAACGUCUUUUCACGCGAAUUUCAAAUUUAAAGCCGCACCCGGUUCAAGAUACCAUUUCCAUCAACGACAUUCGUACGAAAAUUUUGAAUCUACGGAAGCCGAUCGCACUCAUUGCAGAAAACAUCAGCAACGAAAUUCGCAUGUGUGAGAAACACGAGAAGAAGAUCGAAGAGUUCACCGGCGACAUCGAGGAACUGGAAAAAGAGUUGUACACACCAGCGUUGGACAUAAAGUCUCGACCGUUGGAACAUCCGAUUACGGUGUGCAGCCAUCCUGGCUGCUGUGAGAAGAAAUCCUGUGGAAGCACGACCAAAAUUCACUACAAGUCUAUUUGCCACAAGCCGUGCUAUUUGAAAAAAAGCGAUGGCAACAUCAUCGGAGAUUCGGGCCUGCUUGACUGUCGUGCUUUCAACAAGUAUGAGAUUGUAAGUGAAAGAAAAUUGUGUCAUGCAAAACGUAUUGUUCCCGAUUCCGAAUUACUGAUGAAUUCCGAAGGUCUUGUUUACGCCUAUGAUUGUAAGCGCGAGAAAUCUGAAAAUUGCUUCAAGUGCACCCACCCGUAUCACGUACACUUAACGAUCAACUACGAGACGGAAAUUGUCACGAGAAAAAUAAGAGAUGAAAACAAGUUCGAGCGAAUCGAAACUAGUUGGUGUGACAUCGACAAACGAAAAAAUCAGAUAGCACUGAUCAAAGCGAAAGUUGACGUAAUCAAGGAAGAGUUGCGGUUCAUCACCGAAUGUUCGGCGUAUUUUGCGCGCUUUUUGAUGAGCAACACUAUCACUCCAUUCAACGAUGCGCUUGAAGAUUACAUUAAGUGCUGCAUUGCCAACGAAGAGAAAGGAAAUAAAGACACAGCAGUUAUCAAAGGAUACCAAGAUAUGCUUGACGCAUAUAAUCGAGAAAAGGAGACAAUCGAAAAAUUGUCCAAACAAUCGUGCGACGUCAGCAGCGGAAAAAUUGAUGGCAAAAUCGGGCAACUGUUCAACUUGAAAACCUACGGUCAAGUAAUCAAAUAUCACAUGGAACUGGAAGCUGAAGGUGAAAAGAAUAAAAGCAUUGCCUUAGAAGUCGAUGUUCCGAUUGGAGACGGGGUUAGGACGUCAGGUCUGAUCAGAAUUUUUCAACAAGUUGCGGAAAAUUUGAAAUUCUGGUAAUUUCGAAAAAUCGCGAGCGAAAAACAUAAUUGCUGGGAGGAUGGGACCGGCACCCAAACUAUUUUUCUAUUGUACU